AAUUUUGUGAGUGAGAAGCUCUGUGAAAGUCAUGAAUAUGCUAGAGCACUGUGGUAUCUUCCAAGAACUCAAACAGCACAAGAAGAGUAUACAUGCUCCAAACAUGGAAUACACUUCAAACCUAAGAUGCCUCCUAUACAUAACAAUUUCAAAUGGCAGAAAAUUCCUAUGAAUGUAAUAAAAAUAAAACUUGUCACCAUUCAUUCCUUCAGCAACAGGAGCAGUCUCCUAUUGGAGAGAAACAUUAUGAAUGUAAUCAGUAUGGAAAAGCCUUCAAAAAGAUUUCUAAUUUUAUUUUGCACAAGAGAAGUCACAUGGGCAAGAAGCAAUAUGAAUGUAAAGAAUGUGGGAAAGUCUUCAAUGAUUCCUCAAUCCUAAGGAGACAUGUAAGAACUCACACUGGUGAGAAGCCCUAUGAAUGUCAUCAAUGUGGGAAAGCUUUUAGUCAAAAAACAUCUCUUAAGGCUCAUUUGCGAACUCACACCAGAGAGAAACCCUCUGAGUGUAGUCAUUGUGGGAAGUCUUUUGGAACAAGUUCUUACCUUGUAAUGCACAAGAGAAUACACACUGGGGAGAAACUCUAUGAAUGCAGCGACUGUGGAAAAGCCUUCAACACAAGCUCUCACCUUAAAGUUCACACGAAAAUACACACUGGAGAAGAUCUUUAUGAAUGCAAGGACAGUGGAAAAGGUUUUAGUGGUCUCUCAUCCCUUAGAAUGCAUAUGAGAACUCACACUGGAGAGAAACCCUAAGAGUGUAAGGCAUGUAGGAAAACUUUCAGUGUUUCCUCUUCCCUUAGGAGACAUGUGAGAACUCAUGGAGAGAAACCCUAUCAAUGUAUUCAAUGUGGACAGGCCUUCAGUCAGAGUUCUUCACUUAUUAUACAUAAACGAAUUCAUACUGGAAGAUAAUCCCUGUGUUUUGAAUGUGAAAUUGCCUUUUUUAUUGUCUGAAGAUGAAUUGCAAGCUCAUUAUUUCAAUCUUUGUUCUCUAAUAUAAGCAUUUAAGGCUAUAUAUAGUCCUAUAAAUACUCCUUUAGCUAUAUAACACAUAUUGGUCUAUGUUAUUUUGUUUUAAUUCUAAGUGUUAUACAUUUAUUAUGACUUUUUGAUUCAUGGCUAUUUAGAAUUAUGUAUUUGUAAUAUGUGCGGUAAGGUUUUCACUUACCUUCUUAUUGAUUUCUAAGUUAACUGCAUUAUGUUUAGAAUAUCUGGACAGCCCUAAAACUCAGCAAAUGUCCCAUGGGAGAGAAUCGCCUGUGCAUCUGAGGCUCCUCACUUUCCUAAUCUGCCAACCUCAACCUCAAGUGACCCCUAAAACUUUUGUUUUGUUUUUUUUA